UCAGCUAUAAGGGGCACCAGGGUUAAAAAAAUGGCGCCAAAAGGAGCCCAUAUGUCGCGGGCCCAAGAGGAGGCUCUCGUCUCUUUCAUAGAGCAGCACCCAUACCUGGCGAAACCGGGGUUCUCACAUCGAGUGCCUGUUGCUCGGAAAAACGAGCUGUGGGCCUCCAUAACGCGAACACUGAACGCCAUGGGGCCCUCAAAGAAGCCUGCCAAACGGUGGCGCAACACUUGGGCAAAACGGUCUUUUAAGUACAGGUCUGUCGCGGCACGUUUAGCGGCAGCGAACAAUGCAACGAGCGACAUCGUCCAACUACCGGGUCUGGGCGGCCGCAUCCUCGCCCUUGUCGGCACUGCAACGAGCGGCGCGAAGUCCGGGCCACACCUUUUCGAGGACGGUGACGACGAGGGCGAGCCUGAGGAGGAGGACAGCCCCGUGUGCCCAGAAGAUCCUCUAGCACAAGCCCCCCGGGUGUCAGUAAAGGAAGAGUUGGGAACGAGUAGUCUGCAGCACUGCCGCCCGGCAGGUGAGGAGGCCGGGUGGCCAUCUCGACAGCCAAGUGCCGACAGUGUGAUCGAGCGCAUUGUCGCCGAGCAGCAGCGUCAGGGUGACCUGCUGUCGCAGAUGACCGAGCAGCUGCAGCAGCUGGUUGAGAGCAACCAAAGGCUCGAGGAACGCGUGGGGCACGUCGUGGAGCACAUCACGGGCCAGAACACUCAGGCACAGGUGCUGCAGAAGGAGCUUGUCGGUCUCCGGGAGGCUGUAGAGCGCUCUGUGCAGGCACAAGAGUUAAUUGCGACUGUGCUCUCGAACCCCCGGAAGCCAACGUAGUGUUCAACAUGGCAAGCAAUGUCUGUUCUCUUCGUGCAGCCUGGCCUCCUUAUAACAAAGUCGUAUUAGACAAAAAAAAAAAAAAAGCUUUGUUGUAUUCGAUAUUCGUUAUAAGCAUAUCCUUGUUACGUGCUAUCAGUGCGACAUUUUAAAUUUACCUCGUUGUAUCUGAUAAUUUAUUACAUUCGUGUUUGGCAUGUUGAGGGUCGGCUGUAUCUAACUGUAUGUAUAUCACUUGCCCUAUCAUCUGGGCUGUUCGCCGUGCUGGUUGUAAACUGACUAGCCCAGCUUAUAACUCCUGGCAAGGUGUAUUUAAUUCCUCUUGUGUGUAUGUGGGUGCGCGUGCAUGUUUUCUUCUGUAGUAUUCAUGUUCUUGCUUGCCAGGCAGGCAUUUUUAUUUAUGCUAAUUAUAUGCUAAUUAUAUAUAUAUUUUUAAGUGGGUACACCCAAGGUCUCGUAUUUAACAUGGUGUAUUUAUAUUUCCAGUAUUCUUUUCUUAAUUUUAUUUGAUCAAGGCAGUGAUCUUGUACUUCUUACUUAUCGUGCCAGACUACUUCAAGUGCACACAACAUUUUAAUACUUGCAGCGGUAUAGCAGAUGUGAUAUUUUGAGUGUGUGACGAGUAGUUAGGUCAUUUUACAAUUUUUAUGCACUGUUGAUUUUAACGCAGUGUUUCAAGAGAGUACAGUCAGACAGUCCUGCUGCGGUAUGAUGUCAGGACAGGAAAUCUUUGUCAACCACAAACGCACGAUUUGUGGCAUUUCAUUCUGCCUGAGCACAACUUGCUCACCUGUUAUUGCAGGUGAAACUGCUUCAACUGUUUUCCCACAGGUUGUUGCUGUUCGUGUCAUUGUAGGGUUUCAGAUAUGGCUGUGCACACAAUUUUGUAUGUAUAAUAAUGUCUGUUGUGAUAUUCCUCACGAGUAGUCUUUUUUUUUUUUUUUUUUUUUUAGACAGGCACGUGAACCACAGUACAAGUUUUGUCAAGUGUCCUCUAGUCAGCAACAUUGCUUCUUAUGUAAUAUUUACUGGUGUUGAAAUGUUUUAGGACUGCCUAAAUUAAAUGAAUCUGAGCCAUGAAAA